AUGACAAGAUCUAGAUCAAGAUCACCACGAUGGAAGCCAAGGUCCUUAUCGCCAGCGUUUAGGAGUCCAGAGCACCACAGGCAAAGGCAUGCUCAUGUUAAUUAUGACUGUGAAUAUAAAAGCUUUCGUAAGGACCCAAAGAAGCCUCUGCCUUGGAGAGCAGAAGAUGAAAAAUAUGGACAAAGCAAUUCCAGGUUUGCACCUCAUGGAAAUAACCACCAGAGACUAUAUGAACGCAGGUCACCUUCACCAAACCUGAAAAGAAUUCCCAUGGAAGAUACUUACAGUCAUAAGCCCUACAGAACAUUCUCAUCUGAAAGAACUGAAAGCAAUAGGAGAUGCCAGUUACCACCAAAAUACUCAGAAAUACCAUAUAAAGAACAUGAUCGUUCCUUUUACCAGCACAAAAUGGAAGACAGAUACAUGUUUGAGCACUACGAAGACACUGGAAAUGAAAAAGGGAUGAAACCUUUUCAUAGACCGUUAGGGCCUUCAUGUAAACUUGAAAGAAAAUGGCACGAAGAUGACUUGAGGCACCAGAGGUUGCAUGAAGAGAAGUACGGUCAGUCACCCAGAAGACUUGCUGAUGAAUUUACGGCAAGGAGCUCUUUACAGAAGAGGUAUCCUCAAGAUCACGAUUACAGAGAAUAUGGGCACACGGCUAAAAGGGCUAAAGACAUGGAGAGGUAUGACGAUGGAGAAGUGGCAAGGAAUUCCAAGUGGAAGCAAGAACGUUCUUUUCCACCCUACCAGGAAAAGGAGGAGCAAAGAGAUCCGGGUGCCCAGUCCCACCGGCCAGCUGAAAGGGAGUACUUGGAGGGCUCUGUCACCAAGGUAGCCUACGAGUACAGUCACAAGCGGCGCAGGCAUCCGGAUGGGGAGCAGCCUUUCGCGGACGACAGAGCUCAGAAGCACGCGAAGCAGGAAGAGCAGAAGUACGGGUCUUCCAGGGGUGCCCGGAACGGCAAAGAGUCAGAGCACUUCAGCGGUGGAAGAGCCAGAUGGCCUGGAGAAGGGCCUGUCGAAGUACCUGCGAAGUACAGCUCCAAGAAGGGCUGCGAUGCUUGCGUUAACUCUUCCAAAAUGGAUGUUGAUCUGAGAUCUUUUAAAAACAAACCGAAGGAAAGAGUAAGGAAGGAAGGGGAAUUCAGGAAAAAAGUAGAUUCCUCCGAUAGCCAGCGUGAUUCAAGUCAUACUGUUUCAGAUGGGAAAAUGUCAGAUGUCAACUGUAGGAGGGAACACCUCACCAUCAAAGUGGAUAUGAAGAAAAUGGUGACCAAGUACAGGACUGCCUCUAGUCAUACUACAGAGCGACAGAUGUCACAUGAUCUGGUUGCUGUGGGCAGGAAAAACGAAAAUUUUCAUCCGGUGUUUGAGCACAUGGAAUCUGUAACACAAAAUGUUGAAAAUGACCCAUCAAGAGAAUUUACUCAGGAAAUAAUCACAAUUAUCCAUCAAGUUAAAGCAAAUUAUUUUACAUCUUCUGACAUAACUCUCCAUGAAAGAUUCUCAAAAAUUCAGGAUAAACCUAUUGCAAAUAUGAAUGAAGCUAAAAUACAUUUGGAUCCAGAAAUUCACAGGAGGAUUGACAUGUCUCUAGCAGAACUUCAGAACAAACGAACUGUGCCAUCUGAAUCUCCCCAGAACAUUAUGAGAGUGUUAGAAGAUCCAAAUGAUCUACGGCAUGAUAUAGAAAGAAGAAGAAAGGAGAGAUUGAAGAAUGAAGAUGAGAGAGUGUUUCAUGUAGAUGAUGUAACUCCAAGGUAA